GUUAGUGAGUGGUUGAGUUGAGCGGCUGAUACAUUUUUUAAAUUGUGCAGUGAGGUGAACUGAACUACCCGUGAUUUAAAAUUGUAGUUUUCACUUACGUAAACCGCAUAAAACAAUGACGACAAAUCAAAUAAAAAUAAACAAACAAAAUGAUGCCCAAAACCACUUAAUAGAAGCGUAACACGUGCAUGAACGAAUAGACGAAAAAUGUUAAACGGGACAGCAGAUAGGGCCGCGUCCCUACAAUCUUCGCCUGUGAAAGUGUCGACGUCUCCAGUAAGAGCUUCUCCAAGUCCUGUGAGGGCGCCACCUUCGCCACUAAAGAGCUCGUUAUCAAGCACGGCCCGACAACGCUCGCCGCGCCGUUGCCAGUUCGCAGCGCCAGUAGAAGAUGCUCGGGACAAGUGUGGGACGUCGUGGCUGUGUCGGAGGGGCGCGGGCGGUGAGGAUUCCGAGCCUGAAAGGUCACCUGGGCCAAGCGCCCCCUUGCCCCAAGGAUGCGAAGACUCCGCGCCGCCGCCGAAGAACUGCUUUAGAUUGGUGAUGUUAGGAUCAGCGCGAGUGGGCAAGACAUCCCUUGUCGCCCGUUUCCUCGGCACCAAAUUCGAGGACAGCUACACUCCGACCAUCGAGGACUUCCACCGCAAGCUGUACCGCAUCCGAGGAGAGGUGUACCAACUGGACCUGCUCGACACCUCGGGCAACCAUCCCUUCCCCGCCAUGAGGAGACUCUCCUUCCUUACUGGUGACAUUUUCGUGCUAGUAUUCGCGAUGGAUAGCCGUGAGUCGUUUGAGGAGGUGAUACGUCUCCGCGAGCAGAUCCUGGAGACGAAGGCUAGUGCGUCUGGCGGCGGCAAUCGCGGGCGCCGACAGGUUCCCAGGGUGCCUAUGGCCAUAGCCGGGAACAAGUGUGACCGGGAUCUUAGGACUGUUCAACCGGAGGAGGCAGCCGCGUACUGCGCCACUCAAGACCCCGCCUGCGUUUUCGUCGAGACCUCCGCCAAGAAGAACCUGCGGGUCGACGACCUCUUCUACGAACUCUUCGUCGUCGCCAACCUACCCUUAGAAAUGGCCCCAAACCACCACAAACGAGUCAGUACGGCUUUCGGCAGCCCAUGCACCCUCCCUCCGACCAGUAGCCAGAGCAGUAGAAGUAAGAAAUGUACUCUAUCUAUAAAAAGACGGUUGUCAGACGCCUGCGGGGUCGUCGCCCCCAACGUAAGGAGGCCUAGCAUCCGCACCGACCUGAUGAUAAUGAGAACCAAGACUUGUGCCAAAGGAGACAGUGACAGCGCCAGCGGCAGUCCCAAGAUUACACUCAACAGACUGGUCCGGUCUUCCGGACAACCUGACAAGCGAUCGUGCGUCAUUCAGUGAUAUUUAAAGUAUAUUAGUAAUGAAUUAACUGGUUUGAUAAAACAGUGUCGAGUAUGAUCAGGUCUAAGGAACAGUAAGUCAGGUGCUAUUGUGAGACCCCUAUGUUUUAUCGGGGCCGGAUUAAAAUAGAAAUUAUUGUGAACAGAUUCGAGGAACAGCCUAUUGUUAGGAUUUUAAGGCUAAUUUGUACUGGCUAAUGGAACAAAUUGAAACAAUUUUCAAUUUCCCUCACUCCCAAACAGAUUUCAAUUCCACUAACGACGAAACAUUCAAUUAAAUAUUGAAACUCGAUGUGAAAUUUAAAUGUUGUUACUGUAAUUAAGGUGUUGUUAGAGUUAAAACGUAAAGACUUGAUUGGAGGGGGGAUGGCUUUGUACGAUGGUCGAUGGUGGGCGGCGGAGCAUCAGUUGAGGAAGUAAGGAUGCUGGUUGUCGAGCUUGAAAAU